UGCAGGGGCGCUGAGAAGAGGGGCGGAGAGGAUGCAGCCGGUGCGGCUGAGAGGCGGGAAGAUGCGGCAGCGGAUCUGGGCUUCGGGCGACGUGAACGCGGUCUGGCCCAAGUUGACCAACGCCGAGUCGACGGGGGGGAAGCGGCAGAAAGACACCGUCUCGCGGAAACUGCUGCGGCAGCAGAUGAAGUACGCCUUCCAGAUGAAGUCCAGCGACUGGAAGCAGAUGGCCCUCGAGUACACCCAGAAUAGCAGUCUCCACGGCUUGCGCUACAUGGGCAGCACCGAUCUCCACUUCACCGAAAGACUUUUUUGGAUAGUGUCAUUUCUCUUGGCUGUUAUAACAGCAGCAUACUUCAUAACAAAUUUGGUGACAAAAUGGAACGAAAUGCCAGUCAUAGUAUCUCUGUCACCAACUUCAACACCUUUGACAUCAAUCCCGUUUCCUGCUGUCACAGUUUGUAACAUGAAUAAUGUUCGCAAAUCUGUUGCUGAAGAAAUAUUAAAAGGGUGAGAUUAAUUUUGGUGAUUUUAGACAGAUCUUAUCGAUGAAAUCAUAACUGACGAUUGACAUUUUUUUAAAUUGCUUGCUAGAAUUCCAUGGAAUUCAGAAUUAUUUGUCAUACCUUCAGUAACUGAUUGUGAGCCUAAUUAUGCUAAAAGGAGCAGUGUGCCAUACCCGGUACAUAUAGUUGUUUUUUUUCACUUUAAAGACGUUUAAUUGGAGAUUAUGAAAUUUGUAAACCCUUGAUCAAAGAAGUUUCUGGUUGCUUAUCUAGUUUUUUUUUUCUGCUUAAUGAUUUCAAUAGUUUUACUUUUGCGCGUGCAGUUUUAAAAUUGAUUUAACGAGGGUCUCUGUGACCUCUGAAACUUUGAGGUUUAGUAAACUUCUUUGAUCAAAGAGGUAAUCCUGAAUUACUGUUGGCUACUGAAUAUGGAUUCAUAGAUCAACAGGAGCUCCAAAAAAUUCCCAAAAGUCGAAAUAAAAAAUUGUUAGAGUUGUUUUAGAUUGAUUUUCUAGGUUUGCUAGCAGGAAAAAAGUUACAAAAGAAAUAGUAUUCUGUAAUCUUGGGUUCGAUAUUAGAGUGCAAUUUUUGUGAAUAUAAUUUUCCUUGUUAAGAGAGAGUCUUGCUGAAACUGAUUAGUGACAGAAAAAAAGAUGGAAGAAAAAGAAGUUUAACAAGCUGUGUUAAGACAGCUUUUCCAUGUAAUUUUAAUAAUUUCUGGUGUAUUCAGAGAAGAAUCUAAAAAAUUAAUUGGACCAAAAAGCAUGAGGCACUUCAGAGAGGAUCAGAUAAGAUCAAAGCUUCUA